AAUAUUAUUUUAUCGAAUCAUCACAUGUUUACUCAUAAAGAUGAUUUUAUUCAAAAACAAUUGUAUGGAUGUAAACGUUAUUUUAUGCGGCGGAAUAAUAUCUCUCUCUACACUACGGUUCUGGAAUUUUCUCGAACUACCUUAGCAACAGAAACCGUCCUUGAGCUUCUGAUUGGACUGCACGAUUGUUUGUUUUGCCAGCGAUUGGUUGCUGUGUUACAAAUGGAUCUGGUGAAACACACAGGCGGCUGCCACUGUGGGGCUGUAAGAUUUGAAGUCCUAAAUUCCCCAGACCUCCAUGUUUUCCAAUGCAACUGUAGCAUUUGCACAAAGAAACAAAACCAUCAUUUCAUUGUUCCAAAGAAUCACUUCACACUCUUACAGGGGUCAGAUUAUCUGAUCAAAUACACGUUUAACACUCACGUUGCUAAACACACCUUCUGUAAGACUUGUGGAGUUCAAAGUUUCUACACUCCACGCUCCAACCCUGACGGCUACGGCGUUGCUCCACACUGUCUGGAUCCAGGUACUGUCCGCAGCGUCACAGUGGAGACGUUUUGUGGGGAGAAGUGGGAAGAAAGCAUGCAAGCUCACAAGAGCAUCAGAGAUAUGUCUAAACCUGAAGCAGACGCACAGCUGAAAAACACACAAUGACAACACUGUGAUUUAAGAAUCAAGCUUAUUUUAAUCAUCAAUAUCAAAAAAUGUUUUACAGUAUUUUUUAAUAAUCUUUGACAUAAGAUUACAAAACUGUAUCCGUAGUGUUGCUUUUAUACAGUGUAAUGACAAUAAAAAAAUUUGAGGAACGAAAAGUCAGCAUUAUCUAUGGGAAGGGCUUACGAUAAAACGCUGAGUCUUCUUCGAAAAAGUAAAGUACUGAUAACUCUUUUUUUUUACAGUGAGCAAAACAGCUCAUCUGAUUUGUAAACCCUUAUUCACUCUUCACCACAGUUAUCUAGUAGAUAGGCAGCAGGAAAACAAAGUAACAGUCAGUGCAUCAGUUUAUCUCAUAACUCAAUAGAUCUUCAGG